AUCCUGGUACUUUUCAGCGUUGUCAAGGCAGCCUCAGUGCACGGCUGGCUGGUGGAAAGUAGCUGCAGUGUCCUGGCAACGUAUCUGUCCAAAAAACGUUCACAAAAACUGUCCCGGAAAGUUAGGUGUAACUAAAAGGUAUCUGGACAUCUUCAUACCGAUGUGAUGUUUAGGAGAUUUGGCAGCAGCUCCGUAGAGCAAAGCACCUACUGCUGCAUCAUAUAGGAGGGUGCCAUGGAUGUUAAUGGCAGUGAGGAUUCUAGUCUCGGGAUGAAUUGAAUAAGGGCGACAAGAAAGAGCCGACCAGUUGGAUGAGAACGGAUGGGCUGUCCGAGCUGGCGAUGCCAACUACAAAAGAUAAAAGUGGUUCAACGUCUCACCGCUACCGGCCUGCGUCAGAAUAUGAUGAUGCCACCCUCACCCAAAAGAGACAAUACUGGAGAAUCAAGAAACGAGAGCAGAGGGCCCGACUGACAGAGCGCAGAGGAAAGUCAGCACAACACAGUCAAGGGGGAAAGCUCCGACAUCUACAUGCCCCAGCAGUGGUUAAUUCCACUUUAUCCGGCUCUUUUGCUUCUUUCUCUUCUCCUUUGCAGAGUAAUAAUGACUCAUACAAAACAGUCAAUGUUUCUCCUGCAUCACAGAGUGGAAAUGCAUUUGGGGGUAGGUCAGUUGAAGCCACUGAAAACCAAAAGGAGAAGUGGCUCCAGACAAUGAAACUCAACAAAGUCUUGCCUCAGAUGCCAGCAUCAUGUUCCAUCUCAGCCAAAGCUUCGAGGGGCAACGCGGCCACAGUGAAAUGCCUAACAGCGAGGGGUGCUGUGAGAAGAGCCGUUACCUCACUCACACCCAUUGGAACCCAGCUUAACACCUGUUCCUCAGUGCCUCCAGUCAGGAUGACCAGAACCACUAAUGGCAGCUCUGCUAAAACCACACCUCGGCCGUGUGUGUCUAUGCAGGGGUCAUCGGUCCCCAAAACACAACAUAAGGCACAACAUCAGCCCAAACUCUUAUCCACCAAUGUGUCCACAGGCAUGAUUCAUGUGUCUUCUCCAUGUGUCCCGGUUUCUUUUAAGACAGAGGGGGAAACAGCAAACACAACACCUCAAAGUGGAACAAAGAGUGCCUUGGUCAUCCUGCAGAGGGCUAAAGGUUUUAGCAACUCACAGUCUUCCCUAGAGUCAGAAGAGCAGAGAGCAGCCAAGCGCAGAGAGCAUUGGCGGAUCAAAAAGCGAGAGCAGAGGGCCAAGCUCGCAGCUCGGACGGCUAAUGCCAGAGAAAGGAUGCAAAGUGCAGAGAUGACUUUACAGAGGCAAACAGCACAAAAACCAGGACUUGUGGGCGGCACAAUUCUUCAGCAUGUUCCGUCUCAGUCAUUUUUGAGAGGAGCAGGCCAGAAGCAGUGUUCUCCUUGGGUCAAAACUUCAUUUAUAUCCACCAAAAGGGGAAAUGAUGACCUACAAAGUGGGGCAGCAAGUUUAACUACAGUCAACCUGCAUGCAGGUCAGAUAAAAGUACAAACUCCACAAAGGACACCGCAGACAGCCAUCACAUGUGGGGCUUUUUCUAUGAGAAAGUUAGGGGAGUCACAGAGAAAGCUCCCAAGUUAUGUACAUCUUUCCAAUGUUUCCAGAGGGUUUGCACGAUGUAAAACCCCUAGACAGAGAUACAUUGAAGCCCAGAAGAAUUUCCUGAAUCAAAGAAACAUGAGAUGCAAAUCCCCGUUUCUUACUUCAGUCUUUGGUACCAGAAAUAUGCCCAAAAUUGACCCUAACGACACACCUGAGCAAAUAAUAGCCAAACGGCGAGAGUAUUGGCGGGUCAAAAAGCGCGAACAGCGAGCUAAGCUGUCAAUGGAGGUGAAAGCUCGGUUGAAGGAGAGGGACUCUCUGAUGCGAAGAGUGAAACGUUACCAGAAAAUCUUAGAGGACAUGAGGAGGGCCAGAGCACUGGCCCAAUCAGCAGGAAGCACCCAUACCCACGCCUCUGAGACCAUUGGCGGGUUCAUCAAAGAGGAUGGGACAGUGACCAUUAACAUUCCCCAGGAUCCUACAGAUCAUAACACAGCAGCACACACAAGUGAAGAAGACUGUCAUGCAGUUUCUAAUAAUACCCCCAUUACACAACCUCAGCAUCAACCCAACAGUAAACAGAGAGGUUGUACAUCCAUUCAUGCAACCCAGCUUCCCCCUCCCCUCCACCCCACGCAGGUGAAAGUCUCUCUUCCUUUUGCUGGACAGUCAGUCAACAAACCUCCAAGACUGCUGUCAGUCAGACCAAGGACUCAAAUUGAAAGCACAACUAGUCCUAAUUUACACAAGUUAGCAAUCCAAACUGUAAGUCAGCUCACUCUCAGUCAUCCUCAACCCCCUCAAAAUCCUGUUCCUGGAGGAUCGACAGCAGGGUCGAAUCUCGGUGGCUGUGUCAUGAAAAUGGCCAUCUCAAAUAGUGCGCCGUCACUGGCGGCACUCUCUCUGGAUCCAGGGUUGACAGAGGAGGAGAGGAUGGCAAAAAAGAGGGAAUACUGGAGGAUAAAGAAACGUGAGCAGCGAGCAGCUCGUGCUGCUCGAUUGAGGCAGGGUGUCUCACUAGCGAGGGCAAAUGCGACUCUACAGAGGAGAAAAGCCCAGAAGCAAAUGGCAGGAAGCACUGUACCACGAGGAAGAAGUCCUACUAACCAUUCAGGAAAUGCACAAUUUCUCCCCAUAAACUGUGUGCCGCUUACACCACAUGCAAAUGAGAUAAAACAACAGGGUGAGUCUAUGCCAGCAGUUGACCCACAUUCUCAACCAGAACAAGCCAUCUGUCCAGAUAUCAAACCCCCAACCUCCCCAUCACCACCUCCAGCGUCUCAGCCAGAGCCUGACAUAGCUCUGAAUACAGACAGCCAAGCUACCACUCUGCUAGCCGUGGCCUCCAUGAAGAAACUCCUGGAAGAAUCACUUAGCACAGUGAAAGAGUGUAAAAGUGUGCAGACCGGCAUUAAAACAGAGUCAACGGAAGAGACAUCAGAGCAAGAGAUACAGACAAAUUUACCUCAGAAUGAGGUGGCUCCUUUUGCUGCUGACUUGGAAUUGGAGAUAAAAAGCCGGCAGACAGAUACUGAUGCCUUGUUACCAGCUGGUCCACCAAGCCCUCAACUGAAGGACUCAUCCCAAAGUAGCGAGACACUUCCACCUCUUUCCGCCUCCAACGAGGCAGUCCUGCAUCCCACUUGUGAGAACUCAUCCCAAACCCUUUCAAAAUGUGUCGUAAACCCCUCCAUGGAAGCCUCUGACAGCCUAUCUUCACCACGCAGAACCCAGAGGCUUCGCAACAAAAAAGCAGGCCAUCAAAGCUGCUGUUCCCCAGAGCCGCCAAAGCUACAUCACCUACCCGUGGAUCAAUUACAACCACAGAGACAACACUGCGAACAACCAUGUCAGGCACAAGAAGCAUGCCAAAACAGCAACUCGGUGUACAACAGUGUGGUGACCGGGCACAGCGGUGGGAUCAGCCUGCAGAGGAAGAGAGAGUACUGGAAGCUGAUGAAGAGGCAGCAGAGGUCUAGAUUAAGAGCCAGGCAGAAAGAAAGACAGGGAGAAUGCAGCGGCCGCUUUUCACAGAGAAACAUUCAGGCUCCCAUUAUGAUCAACACUGUUAAGGGUGUAAAUCCUCCAGCAAAGCCAGCCGUCCAACCCAGGCCAUCCAUUUCUUCCCUGUCCACGGUGACCCGCGUCCCCACCGUGCUGGUCGUCAGCCCUACAACUUGUAAUGCCGAACAGUCACCUGACACACUCCAGGUCAAAUUGCCCGUCACCAGUGUCUCCUGUUCACCCAGAAGUGAGCAGAGCCACAUGAACGUUGGGCUUUCACAGAUGGUGUCUAACUUUCCCGGAGCUCACGUUAAUCAGCAGCAAGCCAUGCCGGGUUCACAAAAGUGGAUGUCUAAAAGCACAGAUGUAGGCUCAACCCCCUCCCUCCCCACUCUGAAGCCACCAGACAACCCACUGUCCAGCAUCAACCUGCAACCCAUUGAUCCCUCUCAAACUCCCAGUUCCCCCCUCAGUCCAAUCAAAACCCCUUGUGCUCAACUUCCGAGCCGCACACAGAUGAUCCAACCUCUCACCAAUCUGGCAUCUGUAACCACCCUGGUCCCACCAAAGCCCAUCCCAGGAGAGUCUGAGGAGGACUUUUUGAGGAGGAAGCGGGAGUACUGGAGGAUAAAAAAGAAGGAGCAAAGAGCCAGGAAGGCCAUCCGGGACAAGGGACUCACCCCACGGAGAGCCCCCCCUAACUUGAAGCCCAUCCUGCCUGCUCAGGACCUGCAAACACAGGAGUCUGGUCCGUGGGUGAGCUCCUCUGAGGAGUCAGACCAUCUAAUGAGCACUUCAGAGGACAUUGACCCAGGUUCCUACUCAUUCGCAAGUUACACAGCCCCAGCAGAAGAGGAGCUUCUGUUCGCUGACUACGAGAAUACUACCGACGAGGAUGGUCCUGUCCCAGACGCUGUUUGGAGGAACCGCUACCUCAUGGACUACGACCCGCUCAACCAGCUGCUGGUGUGCAUGGUGUGUGGGGACCUGCAGUACUCUCACAGCCUGGAGGGAGUCAUGGCCCACAUCGAUGAGGCUCACCCAGACACCCUGAGCCUGGAGCCCAGGGAGCAGCAGCAAAUACUGGAGGCCUGGGACGAGCAGGUGUCCCAGCGAGAACGCUUCUUCACCAGCCAGCUCCAACAACACAGCGACACCCUGGCAGAAGCACACAUGAACUGAAGAAGAGAGGAGAGGACCGAAGAGAACCGAGCAGGAGAGAAAACCAACACUUUGUCUUUUUAAUUUAUUGUAGUUUUAGCAAUUUGUUUACCUUCACCUUGAAAGAGAAUGUUGUACGUGGAGCAUUCACCCCGAAAAGCAGCUUUACCUCAUUUCCUACCAGGGUUGUAAUGUGGGUUUAUAAAAAGCCAGUAUGGAAUUUUUUUUUUUACAUUGACACUAUGACAACUCAGACUUUGUAAUACUGUUUGAAAUAUUUAAAGGAAAUCUUCAACAUUCUGGGAAAUGCAGUCUUUGUACUAAGCUAGGCUUAAAGCAUCCUGGACCUCUCUCUGUAAUAAACACACAUCAAACUAA